AUGAUUGCAGCAGCGGAAUCAAUCCUUAAUCAGACGGAGGCAACGGAGGAGACCAAGAGCCUAAUCCGACACCAAGUGUCGUCUCUCCUAAUGGCCCACAGGCAGCGGGAAGUGCUUUCCAAGGUCGAACGUGAUGCGCUUAGAGAACUCAAGCUCGACAAAGACUUGGUAAACGUGCCAGCGGACAAGGGGCGUUCCACGGUUGCGCUGGACAGGACAGACUACCUUCAAAAAGCCAAAGGUUUACUGGAGAACCUACAGUUCUAUGUCCCAUGUGCAACGAACUCUUUAAAGUCGCUGACACGCGAAAUUAAUGCUACGUUGUUGGCCUUGGAGAACUCAGGUGCAAUAACACCGACCGACAGACGCAUGGCGAGACCCCAAGAUACGGCUUUGGCCAAAGUCUAUGGUUGCCCUAAGGUGCUCAGAGGCGGCGCUGCUCUUCGACUCCUCAUGUCGCUCAAAGGUACUCCAACGUACGACUGGCUAAGUGGCUGUUCCGGCGUCUCAAGUCCCUGACCGCUGAGUCAGACACGAAGGUCUUUUCGUCAGCAGAAUUCCUGGAGAAACUCAAAGGGGUAAGGCUCCAUCCAAAUCAGGUCAUGGUAUCUUUUGAUGAUACAUCCAUUUUUAAUUCUAUUCCCCAGGACAUGGUGAUCGAGACAAUCGAGCUGCUUCUACAAAGCAAAUACGAUGAAACGGAGAAUCGUCUUGGACGCGCCCAAGUCCUUCAGCUCCUGAAGUUCUGUCACAGGACGUACUUCACGUUCAACGGGACAAUCUACGAACAGAUGAACAGCACACCAAUGGGUUCGCCGAUUUCGGGAUUCAUCGCCGAGGCGAUCCUGCAACGGUUAGAGUCGCUGGUCUUUCAACACCCCAAACCGAAGUUCUGGGCCUGGUAUGUGGAUGAUACCUUCGUCGUCAUCGAACGGGAUCAGGUGUUGACAUUCCAAGAACAUCUUAACGCCGUCUUCCCGGACAUUCAAUUUACCAUGGAGGAGGAAGAGAAAAACCAGCUGGCCUUCCUGGAUGUCCUCGUAUGCCGCAAGGAUUGUGGUGGACUGGACACCAAAGUAACCAGGAAAGCGACAAAUACGAUGCAAUUACCGAACUUCAACAACAACAACCACCCGAUCAGCCACAAACGCAGUUGUGUAAGGACGCUCUAUCGGCGUGUCGAAACGCACUGCAGUGAGCCGGAAGACAAGAUUGCCGAACUGCAAUAA